UGUUGCUAGUCCAUUCCAGUUAGUAUAGAGUUCAGUGGCUAAAACAGCUGCUGAAGCCUGAAGAGAACAGUAAUUCGAUUCGAUCCUGUUUUCAGUUUAAGUGAGCCAUUACAUACUUGUUCUGGGCAGUGAUUACUGUGUUUCAUAUUCUAAAUUCCAAAAAUGUCUUCUCCAAGUGCUGGAAAACGUCGAAUGGACACCGAUGUUAUAAAAUUAAUCGAAAGCAAACACGAAGUUACUAUACUUGGAGGAUUGAAUGAGUUCUGCGUCAAAUUCUAUGGACCUAAUGGAACUCCCUAUGAAGGUGGUAUAUGGAAAGUUCGGGUUCAUCUACCCGAGCACUACCCUUUCAAGUCGCCAUCAAUUGGCUUCAUGAACAAGGUGUACCACCCCAACAUUGAUGAAGUAUCUGGCACUGUUUGUUUGGAUGUCAUCAAUCAGGCUUGGACUGCUCUCUAUGAUCUGUCCAACAUAUUCGAGUCUUUCUUGCCACAACUGCUGACUUAUCCGAAUCCAAUCGAUCCUCUGAAUGGUGAUGCGGCAGCUAUGUACUUGCACAAGCCUGAUGAAUACAAAAACAAAGUGCACGAGUAUGUGCGCAAGUAUGCAACUGAAGAGGCGUUGAGAGAACAAGAACAGCAAGGAGUCUCAUCGGACAGCGACGAAUCUUCCAUGUCCGAUUUUAGUGAAGACGAAGCUCAGGACAUGGAGUUAUAACAUUUUUCUCCUGCAUUUAAUCAUUACUCAUCAUGUUCUGUGAAAAGACAGUUAUGUUGUUAAGAUAUGUUCUCUGUCCAACUAAUUUCGCUCUUUAAGCAUUGUGGAAGCUUGCGAUAUUUUUAUUUUGAGUUAGUUUUGAUUUUGUUAGAGUUUGUAGUAUAUUUAUUCUCAAGCAUCACCUGUUCAUAUGACAACAGAUAUGUGAAGUUGUUUUAUUUUCAAGAUGUAUCUAAAAUGUGUAUAAAUUCGAAUAAUUCGAGGGAUAGAGCUUAAGUUGGAAUGAAAAAUGGAAAAUGGCAUGAUUGAGGAGCAGAAAAUCAAUUCGUGUGUGUGUGUGUGUGUGUGUGUGUGUGUGUGUGUGUUUCCUUUAUUAGAUUUUAUAUUCCACCGUAUCAAGAUUCGAAUUUUAUAAAGUUAAACGAUGAAAAUAAUUAACACCAAUAUUUCCACCUUGAUGAAGACUGGCUUACUGUCAGUAAAUUACAUUUCAUUUUCCAAAUAAAUUAUUAUAAUUUCCAAUUUGAGAAUAUUAUUAUUUGUUACAGCAAAAUGUGAAAUAUUUCAAACAUUAACUAUCUUAUUCUAUCAUUCGCUUUGAUUUGCGAAACAUUAUUUAUUAGAUAUUACUUGCAAGUAGCAAGUAGUUUUCUGUAGCCUAUAAUUUUCACUUGAAGGGAUUGAAUUUGAACUGUCUUAUUCACAAGUAUUUGAUGAGUUUGCCUGCUCAACGGUACAAAUAACCAAAAUAGCCUACCAAUAAAUCUAUUAAUAAUUUUAUUACUUGUUAUAGCUCAAUGUAUAUUUUCGGAAGCGCGUGCUAAAAGUUUCUCUAGAUAGAAAUGUAUUAGGUAUACUUUUUUUGUAUUUUUCACAGUGAUAUACCAGUGCUGAGUAUACUUGAAUUUUGAAUAAGUCGAGUCAAGGAUAAACUUGAACUUGAAAUUUCAUUUUCCAUAUUCCAUUUCUUAAGUGAUGCUCAGAUUUACCGGACUAGUGCUCUUUAAAAUUAUUUUUUCUACCAAACCUGCUUCUCUAUACCUCAAGUUCAGAAUAAUUCAUUCAAAUGUUCUUACCAGAUCAGUUAUUAUCUGUAAAUUAUCGAAAUUUACUCCGAUUUAAUCUGUGCAAUUCUAAAAAAUAUAUACAACAUAAAUGCGUACUAAGUAUUUACAUAAGGUACUGUAGUUAACUCUUUGAAAAUGAUUUAAUUUGUAAAAUGUAUUUUCACUCUUAGAAAAGAGGAUAUCUUUCGGUUCUUUCAAUACAAAACUCUAUCGGUAUUUGCAAUACAACUGAUGGGGAAGAUGAUAUUGUCAAUACCACUUUUAUCAACGUUGACAAUAUCAACGUCUUAUUCUUUCAAUUAUGGAGAAAUACCACAACAUUUCAUACCAUACAAUCAAAUUAUUGAUGGAGAAGAGUUGGGAAUUUAAUAAAAAUACUAUUUUACUAUUCAUAGAUGUAGAAAAAGCAUAUGAUUCAUCAGUGGAUGGACAAGGUUUGUGGCAGGAAGGGAUGGAAAUACUGCCUGAGAUAUUGAAUUAAAUGAAGAACCUCUGAAAAAUAUUAGGAGUUUCAGGUCCUUGGGCAGUGAAAUUGCAGACGAUGGGAAAAUAAGUUAUGAGAUAACAAAAAGAUUGCAAAAGGGAGCAAAUUUUUACCAGACAGUUAAACAUUCAAUUUGAGAUGGAAAAAUACCAGAAAAGGUCAAGAUGAUGAUGUAUAUAAUAUGUAUUAUGUACUUAUCAUGUUGUAUAGUGCUUAUACAAUCAAAUGACAGAGGAAAUGGAGUAGAAUACAAGCAGGAGAAAUAAGGUUCCUCAGGGCAAUAAAGGGAAAGACACGAAGAGACAGAGUUAGGAAUGAGGGUAUAAGAAGAGAACUGAACAUUGGAAGCAUAAGGGAAAAGAUAAAAAGCAUGAGACUACGCUGGUUUGGACACGUGAAGAGAAUGGGAGAGGAUCAGCUGCCAAAGUAAAUGGAAGAGAUGAGGAUUGAAGGAAGGAGACCAAGAGGACGAUUGAAAGAUACAGAGGUCAACGAAGUGGAGAAGAGAGGACACAGAUGGCGACAGGUUAAGGACGAGCGAUGGUGGGAAGACCGAAGAAGAUGGAGAGGCAUAGUUCAUACCUAGACCCGGCACUAGCUGCAACGGGACACGGAUAUCUAUGUAAUUCACACUCUACACACUAAUAUAAUCAAAUUUUCUGUCUUUUACGUAAUAUGAGCUUACCUCAUAAAUAACGUUACUCUUUUCAAACCGGUAUGAGGAUAUUUAUCAAUUUCAAAUGAUAUUUAUAUUUAUUACAUGAGUCCAAAUAAUUUAUAUUCGAAGUUCCGUGCUCUGCCGUCUAAGCAUUAGAGCGACCGUUUGCACAUAUCGGGUAAUAAGAAAACCUUGAUUUUGAAGAGCAGAAGGUAGACACGUUCCAGAAAGCCAUUCCAUGAUAGCAUGUAAAUUUGGUUCUUGAUAAUACACAGUUUAUAAUUUCCUUUAUCAAUUUCAAAUUUUGCAUGGAGCCCGACGACACUUUGUUCGAAAAAGUCGGUUGGAGCUCCGAUUAAUGUGUUGUAAGAAACAGAAGAACAUGUUAUCACUUGUGAAACAAACACGGAUGAAGUUUACCGACGAAAAUGAAAACAUGGAUGUGGAUUAAUUGAAAGCUACAUACCGUUGAGGAAGGAAUAAAGCUUUAUUAGAAGAUGUGUAUUUUAGAGGUUUCUAAGUCAGCCUUUCCAUAUUACGUGAUAUUAUGUUUCAGCUUAAAUAAAUUGAAGCAAAAUUCUAACAGACUAAAAUUCCAAAUUCUCUGAGUUUCAAAUAAAAAAUACGAUAUAUUGAAUCAGAAAUAAUAUGAAUAUCAUAAUUUUAAAUCGAUUAAAAUAUCUGUAUUUAGAAUCGCGUUAUAAUCAAUUUAGAUUAUUAUUAUCUCCACGUUAUAAUCAAUUUAGAUAAACUAUCAAAAAUUCCCUUUCAUUUGCCGCCUUUAGAAACGAGCUGAUGAAUAUUUCAAUACAUACUUUCUAGCUUUUAGCCGAUUAUUUUUUUGUAUCAUUAACCUCGUCCAGAGCUCAUGAUUAGAAAACAUGUUUGGUCUGUAAACAUUAUUCAUUUUAAAUUGAAAUUAGAAAUCCAAUUACCCUUUUUUUAAACAUUUAUUCACAACAUGUUUCAACAUAUUAAUACCAUUUUAAAGUGAGUGAAGUGUUGUUGACUUGAAAAUGGCAUUAACAUGCUGAAACAUGUUAUGAAUAAAUGUUUUAUCAAAAAGGGUACCUACUUGGAUUUUUCAUUUCAAGAUAAAUAAGAGUAGUCCUCACCAAAAAGUUACUAUUUUUUUGUAUUCAACUCAGUUUUUUGUUUGUUUUUUCAUAAUUAUAAUAUUAAAUGUCUAUUUUAUUAAAAAUAGUUGCAAUUAUUAUUUCUUCUACUUAUUUCUACCAACUAGCUGAUUUUUUGUUACAUGGUGAAUUGUGUCUUAUCAAAUUCUUCCACCUGGCUCAUUAUAAAUAUAUAAUUUAAACUUACUUACUUACUUACUUUAUUUUAAUAUAUAAUACAUUUACUCAAUAAUAAGUUAUACAAUUUUAUUGUAUAAUUCAUUAAAUUAUUAACUGCUGAAAAGUCAAAUAUUGUAUUUUUGAAUAAAAUCAAAAGACUUUUCAGUAUAAAACAUAAUUUGUGUUGAAUUUCAACAAUCACUGGAAAUCUUGUUUUCAUGGUUUAAUAUGAUAGAGAUCUUUUUGACUAUUCCAAAUGAAUAUUCUUUGUAACCUGGAAACUAAAAAUACGAUACUUUUUUCUAAAAACGUUUAUUGACAACAUGUUUUAACAUAAGCUUAAUUAUGCCAUUUUCAUGUGAGUGAAUGCAAUGUAUAACGUUAAAUAAAACGUUCAAAUCAACCUUAUCUAUUUCAUUCACUCAUUAGAAAAUGGAAAAUUUUUGAAACAUGUUGUGAACGUUUUAAUUAAAGUUAUCAAUUUUAUCCACUCAUUUGAAAAUGACAUUAAUAUGUUGUGAAUAAUUUUUUUUUAAAUGGGUACUUGGAUUUUUAAUUUCCAAUUAUACAAGAGUAGCCCUCACCAAACGUUUAAAUCAAGACUUAUCAUUGUAUCCUGUUUGUUUCUAUCUUGUCAAGAUUCACAAAGUAAUUCAGAAUCAUCUGAGAUACAUUGGAUUAAUGAUAAUUUGUGUUGUUGUCUACUUUAAGAUUAGUAAUUAUUACUGCUUCCAUUUCUAUUGUAUCCCAACCAAACUUAGAUUGAGUUGUAGAAUAUAGGAUUGACAUACAAUAUUCAACAGAUCUUUUCUUCUGUAUUAGCUUGUACUAUAAUAAUAUAAAGUUAUUAUUAUUAUGAAUUGAAAAGAAUGAAAUUGAUUGUGUUGAACCAUUGAAAUUGCGAUGAAUGAAUGCCGUGUGGUAUAGUAGAUUUAUCGAUUUUAUUUCAUUCAUAAUAAGUUUUCAGAAGUAUUUUACUGAGAUCUAGUUUUGUCCAUCGACUAAUUACAAUUCAAAUUAUUCCAUAUUUUUCGAAAACCAACACUCAAAUACUGUGUCAUAUCGUUUAAUAAAACCUAUUUUUCUUUUAUCACAA